AUGACUCCCUUCUUGAGAAUCCCUUUGUUCUUCUUCGUAGCAUGCUAUACUCUGGUACAGGCAGGCUACUUCGCCUACAAGCAAAUCACCACUAGGAUUGCCCGCCGUCGGAUCAUCAAGGAGCAUGGUUGCGAACCGCCGAAAUCUCUCGAUGACCAGUCCUGGUUACCCUACGUGUACAGGCUUAAGAUGGUAAGGAUGAUCAGGAGCGCCGCGAAAGAGCAUAGACUUGAAAAGGCCAGCCAGGAAAGAUACCGAGAAUACGGCAAUACACAUAUCGGAAAGUUUUUUCACUUGACCGUUGUUUUUACCGUCGAGGCAGAGAAUGUCAAGACCGUCUUGGCCACAAAUUUCAAGGAUUACGAGCUACCUGCCCCAAGAAAGAGGGCCUUUUAUCCACUGCUUGGCUUCGGGAUUUUCACUAAUGACGGCGCUGACUGGAAACACUCCCGAGAGCUCAUAAGGCCUAAUUUUUCCCGAGAUCAAGUCGCGGAUUUAGAUAAUUUCGAGGAACACUUGAGCAUUAUGAUCGAUGCCAUCCCGAAGGACGGAAAGACGACCGUUGACCUUCAAGACCUUUUCUUUGGUCUCACCAUCGAUACGGCAAGCGAAUUUCUAUUUGGCGAGUCUACCGAUGUGCUGUUAGGAAGAGACUCCCCAGAAUCGAGAGCCAAUCUCGACUUUGCUGAAGCAUGGCAUCGAUCGCAACUCGAAGUGCAGAACCACAUCCGAUCAAGCUUCUUUUAUCGCGCGCCAAAACAAUCCAAAAAGGACAUUAAGAUCGUGAAUGAUUAUGUAGGAAAGUAUGUGCAGCAGGGCCUCCGAUACCGAAAAGACUUCAUUCGUGAUCCGGAAAAGUCAACCUCGAAGAACGGCCGGUAUGUCUUCAUGCAUGAACUCGUCAAGGCCACUGACGAUCCAGUGCGCAUUCGAGACGAGAUGUUGAAUGUGCUUCUGGCUGGCCGGGAUACUACUGCCAGUCUCUUGGGCAAUAUGUGGUUCACUCUCGCAAGACGACCUGACAUUUGGGAUAAGCUUCGGAGGGAAAUAGAUGAGACACUGCAUGGGAAUCGACCAAGUUUCGAGCAGCUCAAAGAGAUGAAGUACCUGAAGGCAGUAAUAAACGAAUCUCUCCGCCUUGAUCCCGUCAUCCCCUUCAACAGCCGCGAGGCUACAACCGACACCAUCCUCCCGGUUGGCGGCGGCCCCAAGGGCAAGUCUCCCAUCCUAGUCCGCAAAGGCCAACUCGUGAACUACACAGUCUGGGCCAUGCAUCGCCGUCCUGAAUACUUCGGCUCGGACGCCGAAGAGUUCAAGCCGGAGAGGUGGGAACAUAUACGGCCUACGUGGGAAUACUUACCGUUCAACGGCGGGCCGAGAGUGUGCAUUGGGCAGCAGUAUGCGCUUACGGAAGCAGGGUAUACGACAGUCAGGUUGAUGCAAAGAUUUGCGAAAGUGGAAAGUAGGGAUGACAGGCCGUGGACGGAGAGCAUCGCCCUCACGGCCUGUAACUUGCAUGGGACCAAGGUUGUACUAACGCCGACCUAA